AUGAAGUUCGGAACCAUUCUCGUCUUAUUCACCGCUGCUGUCUCGGCCACAGCGCCACCGACAUGCAAGGGUCCUGCUGUUUCCUGCUGCAAGGGCACUUCAAACCGCGCUGCGAGCGAAUGUCAGCGGCUAUUUGCCGAGAACAACAUUGAAGUCGCGACAUGCCAGCUUCCCACCAAGACCGUUACCUCGACUCAGACCAAUUGCGUUGGGAGCACGACCACCAAGACUCUGGCGCCGCCACCAACAACUACCAAGGUUUCCAUGACUAUCACCGCGACUGGAACCCCAACCACCGCGCCGACUAUAACGGUUACUGCGACAUCAACAAAAGUCGACACAACCAUUUUGACUGGUGGUACCACAGCCACUGAAUUACACACCAUCACCCUCAUUGAAAUCAACUGCAUCACCAACACUGAAAGCGCCACUACAACCGUAACCGCCACUGCCACCCUCCCCUUUACUGAUCCACAAACCUGCCGGAAAAAGAGAGCACCUGCUUAUAAAGUGCCAUCCUCGUGCUCUUGCUACCUUACCACCUCCAAGCCUGCAGCCACCAAAACUGUCACCGUCACCAAGAAUCUGCCCGCUGUCACCCACACGGUGUUCAAAACAGCCGGGACCGCAAAUACCAUCACUCAGACUGUCACAUUUACCCGCUAUAUUGACGGACCAAUCCUAUCCGCCCCGGAGACCACCAAGACCGCCACUACUACCAUCACCCAAACCGAACAUACCCUCACCACCGUCACAGAGUCUCAGACAACAACUGCUACACAGACGGACGACGUCAUCGAUACUGUGACUCAAACAAAGACUGAGACUGCCACUGCUACGGCCACCGCAGACCCCUGCGACGGCGAUCUUGAUAAUCCAAUCCAGCAACAAAUCUCCGGCUCUAGCAUCCAGAUCACCUCCAGCCAAGACGCGACGGGACCUGAUGCUGUAAGGAGCUGCUGCCUGGCUUGUUUUGCAAACCUCAACUGCGUGCAAUUCAGAAUUGGCGACGGUGUUUGCGAUAUCUUCAGCACCGUGCCUAACUUCAGAAGUGCCUGCACCUCGGGCUUGUGCCCACGAGGCUUCCCCGAUCUUGACCUCGGGGAUUCGGAUGGGAAGGACUACUACUUGGGGCCUUGUUUCGGAACCGCUGUGGCGUGA